AUGCUUUUCAAAGUAACACUCGCUCUCAGCGCUAUUGCUAUUCUGGCUGCUGUAGUACUGCCGUUCAUCAGCUACUUCGUUGACCGCAAACACCUUCGCAAGUUCCCUGCCCCGCAAUUCGCAGGGUUCACAUCAUUCUGGCGCAUCUAUCACAACCUCGCGUAUCGGCACUUCAAAGCUAUCCAUGAAGCCCAUCAACAAUUGGGGACCCAUGUCCGGAUUGCACCCAAUCAUAUCUCAAUCUCAGAUCCCCAAGCUCUGACCGACAUCUAUGGCCACGGUGCCAAUUUCAUGAAAGACGCUUGGUAUGACGGUGGAGCUGGGGAAUAUCGUCACAUGGCAGAUGCCAGGGUGAAACUUGAGCACCAAAGGAAGAGAAAGAUGCUUGCUCAUCUCUUCGCACAAAAGACAAUAGCCAAUCUGGAGCCAGUUAUGGCUGAGACAACAGCUGUGCUUGUCACUCAGAUCGAUAAACAUGCCGCGUGCGGAAAGAAAAUCAACAUGCGAAGAUAUCUUAACUACUUCACCAUAGACCUCUUUUCAGAACUUCUAUAUGGUCGCACACUGGGAUGUCUCGAGCGCGGCAAUGACAUCGUGGACGCCGAAACUCCUGAAGGGAAGCUCACCAAAGUUCCAUUUAUCAAAUCCCUGCAUGACGCCACCAUCAUCAACACUAUUCUCGGUAUGGAGGCACCACUUCUGCCACUUACGAAAAAGAUCUUCAGUAGGCACCCAUACAAAAAGGCUGGUGCGGACUAUGAUAACAUCAUCUACCACAAUACAAAGCUCCGUUUCAGAGAAGACGAGGCAGAGGAGUCGGACAUUUUCUCUAAAAUGAUGAAGAGCAGCAAAGGAGAAGACCUUAACUUACCAGCAGGAGAAAUUCUUUCCGAGUGCUCCGUUAUGAUGAAUGCUGGGACCGACACCACAACUGCAGCAUUAACCAACUCUAUCUACCUCAUUUACAAGCACCCCGGAGUCCUUGCCAAACUUCGAAAAGAAUUAGAUGAAGCAACAGGCACAGCGGACGUACCAACGUACGAAGAAUUAUCCAAACUUCCAUAUCUACGAGCAUGCAUCGAAGAAGCUCUCCGUGUGCGGCCAUCGAGCUCGAUGGGGCUUCCACGAAUAGUUCCCAAAGGCGGACGCUGGAUUGCUGGGCAGUUCAUCGACGAAGACGUUACAGUUUCGGUGCCAACCUAUACCGUUCUUCGCGAUCCCGACACGUUUGAAAAUGCUGAAACUUAUUGCCCCGAUCGCUGGAUAACAGAAGACAAGGAAAAAAUUUUAUUCAAGGCAUCCGAGCAGUUUAAUUCAAAUAACCAAGUUAGAGAUCAAACAACCCCCUUUUUCAGUCUUCGUUUCCCUAAACGGCACCGCCCGCUGUUUAAACCUAUUUGGGCCGUCGCCACUACUCUUUGCCCCCCUCGCUCUUCCGACGUCCCCGAAUCGCAAAUCUGUGUCCCAGACCCAUCCGACGCUCUCUUAUACAUCCAAGUUAUUACAGGCACAUCAAUGUUCAAGUUCGUCAACUCCGACUCAGCGGACCCCACCCCGAAGAGGCAGCAGUCGCAAAGGGCAUGCGAGCCCUGUCGCAAGCGGAAGAGGAAAUGCAAUCACUACACAAAUGGCCGGCCGCCGCCCUCCAAACCAUUUACUAAUGCGGCACCACCAACCCGUGAAUACUCAAGCACGCAGACCUCACCAGCUUCUAUUCAUCCCAACAAUGCUAGAUCUCCUGAGAAUGCAGAACCCCAGGUUCAGAAAGACACCGCACCCCAUUUAAGCGGUGCCCACGGCUCUUCUACCGCCUUGCCAGUUCAAGAAGAGGCUAGGACGCCGGCAACACGUCUCUCAGUGGACAGAGGAGGAAGUCAUCAGCCCACUCAUGAAGAUUCCAGCCAACAGCCUCCCAAGAGCCUUGGUUCCCGCUUCAUUGGAGAUCUGAGUCCAGAAGGGAUUCUCCUGGCUGCUACCAGCCCCGAUACUACUCGAGGGUCCUCCAUGAACGACAGUGUUGGGGUAUGGCUUACCUCGACCCUGAGUAGGAAAGGCUCUCAAGCCGUGCCUUUCACGAUACCAGAACAAUCCCAGUAUAGUUUAUUCCACGGUGCAACACCUUUGUUGCAGAAAGUAUUGGUACCUAUGUUGGAGCAGGAAUGUCUUGCAACAACGCCUCCACCUCCUAGCUUUGAUGCUCUAUCAAAGAUUUACUUUGAGAGAAUGCACCCAAUAUUCCCAGUGGUGAAUGAGAACCUCUACCACUCACUCCAAAAUACGGAUCCUGGCCGGAUCUUGUUACAGCAAGCCAUAUGCUUAGCGGCUUCGAAGAACUUUGUAGCCGGUCCACAUCUCUUCCUCGGUGAUUCGGAGCAUCCCUUGAGCCCCAAAGAAUUUGGGGAUAAGGUGUCUGGUUCAAUGAGACUAUCUAUAGAAAUUGGUCUAGUGAGCAACAAGAUUAUUCUCAUACAAGCACUAGCCUUGAUGUCGCAGUAUAUAGAUGCUCCAGAUGGCGGAGAUCUUUCUUCACAACUCUGUGCCAGAGCAGUGCACCACUCCCAAUCUAUCGGCUUACAUGUUAGAGUUCACAACGACAUUGAUAGGGAUCAAUACGGUGUAACCCUGUUGUGUUGUGUUUGGGCUAUCGACCGUAUGAAUGCUGCAUUCAAUGGACGGCCAGUUCUGAUGCACGAGCGUGAUAUUAGAAUCGACCUGCAAUCAUGCUUUGAUCAACAAGAACCAUGUUUUCGUCUAUUUGUUCAGGUUAUACUUCUUCUGGAUAAGGUUAUUGGCCUCUAUCGGCCUUUAUCAGUCUCAGACAUCCGUGAAAUCGACAACUUUUACCCGACAUUCGAGGAUCUUGUCGUCCAGCACAAAGCAUCCCAGAUUGGCACACUUUCCCUUGCCACGAUCGAGAUACUCUAUCAUGCAGUAAUGAUUCUCUCCUGCCGAUCAAAAUCAUGGGCGGAACCGCCACGCUCCUCCAACUCUUACCUUCGCCAAAGCUUAUCAGCCUUAACUCUUAGCUCAACUAUAGGACGCGAACUUCACGAUGAAAUAGUUCUCUUCCCAUUUGUGCCUUAUGCAGUAUCACUAGCACUAAGCGUUUUCUAUCGCGAAUUGCGUUACGGCAAAAUUCCUUCACACCGCCCUCGUUGUCGCAUCCAAUUCCAGACAAUAUGUGACGCUCUUGCCGAAUUAAAGAUAAUAUUUCGCUCGGCAGCAAUCACCGCUGAUAUGGGGAGGAAGCUGCUCACAGAGAUGGAUCGUGUCGUUUCUACGAUGGUGGCUUCGGGCACUAAAACCCCUCUAGAGGGGGUUCAUCCAGGUAACCAGGAAGUUGAUCAUUCUCAAUCCUUUGCGCCUACCAUGAUGAAUCAAGCUUUACCCGAUGCACAUGCAAUCACAAAUGUUCUCUCACAAGGUCACAUGCAUCAAGUACCGGAUACUAAUCCUUUUAUCUUCGACUCCAUCGCAGAUGUCGAUUUAUUUAGCUUAUUUGACCCUACGUUCAACCUUGAUAGUUUUGAUUCAUAUUUAGGGGGCAGUUUAAAUCCCCCUUUUACAACAGAUUUCGAAUAA